AUGGAGCCACUACUGGGAAGGUAUCAUGCGACUAUCCGACUAAUCGAAUCCACCCGGCUCACACCAGCCGAGCACUCGAUCUGGAGAGCCUUUCUGGACGAGGCUGUCAAUCCGGAAUAUGCUUCUCAGUAUAUAUGGGAAAGGGUCCACGAUCGUUCCGGUCGUCCUCCCAAGCAAAUCUUGCAAGAAUUAAAACUCGACUGGAAGCGAGUUGUCACUAAGUUGGCCAAGCGAGACAAAGUCUCGUCCGAAGCACAAACUCUGGUCGAAGCUCGUGACGAUUCGCACUGCUUCAUGCUGGAUCAGAAGCCAUCGGACCCGAGCAUAUCCGUUCGUUUCGAUCAUGCCUGGGUGAUCCCGCCGAGCCUUUUCGAUGAUAGUGACAUGGAUCCGCAGGGUCCUCUUUAUGCCCUUCUGCAAGCCUUCUUGACCCCUGCCAAGAUAUCCGAGCUUCAGACCCUUCUGCAGACGGACACAUUGGAAUCUCGGCUGAGAAACGUAUUCCUACUCUCCCCUAGCAUUCAUUCAGCUUUUCGAAAUGGACAUAUCCAAAUCUUUCCCCCAACUGAUACUGUCGACCCGUGGAAUGAUGCCACAGAGGCCAGAAUCAAAACGGCGAGUAAAGUUUAUUAUUUCGUCUCCAGACUGUGGCCCGAGCCUUGUGGUUUGCUUUUCCUCAGUGAUGGUAGUCUAUGGGACCGGACAACGCAGAUGUUCAUCAUGGAGACCCAAGACGCCAAUCUACCUCUUCCAGAUCCAUUCUUGUUCCGAAUACACCACCGUAUUGCAGCCUCCUUGCAUCUAUUCCAUGUUGAAGAACGAAUUGCCGAGGGCUGGCCCUCACCCCCCUUGUUCCACUUGAGUGCAACGACACAGAAGACAUUACGCUCCCUUUGGCAUCUCGUGCCCAGGUUCAUACGUGUCCAGUGCUACCGCGUGCUCUUGAAACUAGGCAGCCGUCUCUACCCGCGGUCUUUCACCGGCCUCGUGCACCGGCUGCCGUUCGGACUGUAUGCGAAAGAAUGUGUUCGCUCUUCUCGUAACGAAGCUGAGGCAUUGCGGCUGGUGGAACAGUAUACUUUGAUUCCAGCGCCCCUUUGGGUGGAUUAUUACCAGGGGACGCAUCCCGUUCUCAUUAUGACGGCCCUGCCCGGACAAACGCUGGAGGCGGUCUUUCACCGACUCUCAUACUCGGAGCGCGAGCAGCUGUCGAAAGUCUUGAAGAUGGUUUUGUCACAGCUGCGAUGUAUUCCGAACCAGACCUCGUACGUCUUUGGUAACAGUCAUGGCGGCCCACUGACGGAUCAUCGUUUUCCCUCCGGCACAUGUGGUCCGUUCCACCUGAUCUCUGAAUUCCAUGCCUUCCUCGUCCACAGCUACGUGCGCACGGAGACAAAGGACAAGAUCGCGGCCGUCCACACCAGUCAGUACCGGUCUGUUUUCACCCAUGCGGACCUGCACCCUAGCAAUAUUCUUAUUGAUCGCGGGCGCCUGUCUGGAAUUGUGGACUGGGAAUGCGCCGGCUUCUAUCCUGAGUACUGGGAGUUUACAAAGCUUAUGUAUGGUGCAGAUCGAUUCCCGGAAAUUCAACACAUCAUUCGGGAUGCAUUUACGGAGGAUAACUAUGAGGGAGAGCUAGAGGCCGAGAGACUCCUCUGGUAUGACACGCCAUUUGGUAUAUAA